AUGGCCCUCUUUAAUGGGACCCUGGGCGGCGGGGAGACGGUGAGGAAGCCGGCCUGCCAACAGGUGGAGGUCCGCGAGCUUUCAGAGACGGAGGAGCAGCUGCUGAAAAAGAGGGAAUUUCUGAGGGAAAAGAUCGACCAGGAGCUUCUGUCGGCCAAGAAAAACAUUAGAACGAACAGAAAACUGGCUCUGGAGGCGCUGAUCAGGAAGAUGCGUCACGAGAAACACCUCCAGCUCACCGACUGCGCUCUGACGGCCGUGAAGGCUGCUCUGAAAAGCAUAGAGUUUGUCCAGCAGGUGAGCGACCUGAUGAAGGAGCAUCACGAGGCCGAGGAGCUUCCAGACGCCGUCCACUCUGCUGCAGGCCUGGAGGUGGACUUUGACGAGGACGAGCUGCUGGCAGAACUGGAGAAGCUGCAGGAGAAUCUGGACCAGAAACCGUUUCCUGUGCGGGUGUCCACGGCGUCGCCUCCUGCUUCAGAGCCCUCGCAGCCCAACACCGAGUCGGACUCCACCGAUGACCAUCCUCGUCUUCCCACCAUCCUCAUCACGGCCCCGUCGCGGGAGGACAUCCACGUCUCGCCGCCCAGCGUCACCAUCGCCGACGCCAUCAAGGAGCGGAGGCCCGGCUCCAAUCCGUUCGUAGUGGGGAAGAAACUGGUGGCCAGUCAGUAG